UAAUUUUGAAUCGGGGGGGAAGUUUACAGUGCGCUGACUUUUGGAGAGUUCAGUGUUGUGCGCUCUCGGUGCGUCACACGCUCAAAACCUCCACUGGAAGCGCACGACUCCACACUUGAUGAUACAUGCAAAUACAGCCACAAGGCUCCAGCUCCAGCUCCAGCUCCUCUCUGAACACAACAGGCGUCAGGGGUUUUUCUCUCCGAGCGGCUUGAUUUCGUUCCUACUUGUGGCUGCGUCUCCGGAGUGAAAUGGAUGUCAUCCCUAUGUGCAGCAUCUUCCAGGAGCUCCAGAUCGUGCACGACACCGGAUACUUUUCAGCGUUACCAUCUCUGGAAGAGUACUGGCAGCAGACAUGCCUCGAGCUGGAGAGGUACCUCCAGAGCGAGCCCUACGUCUCGGCCACGGACCUCAAAUUUGAGAGCCAGGAGGACCUGUGGAGCAAGCUGAUGCUCGCCUGUGGGGACAAGUCGAACGUGACGGACCCAAAGAUCCCCCACAUCAAGGAGGAGGAAGACAAUCAGGACAGCCAGCACCUCGACGCCGGCGGCUUCAACUCCGACGCCAGCAGCGAGGCCUCGGACAGCUCCGAGGAGCUCUCCCCUACCCUCGACUUCUCCUCCGGCUCUUUGACUGACAUUCUGGGAGACGGUGGCGAAGACCUGGGCUCGGCCAUCAUCAGCACACCGCCGUCCUCACCUGAGCUGGGCAAGGAGGUCUCUGUCACCCAGGUGUGGAGUGGGAUACAGACAGUGCUGCACUCACCUGGGAAAAUAAGGACUGGUGGCAUGGAGAGGACCCUGGAGAGGUCGGGGGUGACCAGCGGGGAGGCGUCGCCUGACGGCAGGAGGCGAGUGCACAGGUGUCACUUCAACGGAUGCAGGAAGGUGUACACCAAGAGCUCACACCUCAAAGCACACCAGCGCACGCACACAGGUGAGAAGCCCUACAGGUGUUCAUGGGAGGGGUGCGAGUGGCGUUUCGCACGAAGCGACGAGCUCACCAGACACUUCAGGAAGCACACCGGAGCGAAGCCAUUCAAAUGCAGUCACUGCGACAGGUGUUUCUCCCGUUCGGACCAUCUGGCGCUGCACAUGAAGAGGCACAUCUAAGAUGGCCUCUGCGUGGAGAGCUCUGUGGGAUGAUUCUGGUUGAUUGUCCUGACCUGUUGUGGGGGAUCAGCGAGGCCGGUGUGUCCUGGGAGCGUUAACAGGGACACCGCCGUGUUCCAGUCAGUGGAAAAAGAUGAAGCAACGCAGGCUAUUAUUUGCACCAUACUUAGUGCCUCCAACACCUCGCUGUGGAGAUUGCUCUUGAAAGGCUUUUUUUAACGGAGGAGUGGGAGGGCGGGGAGAGACUUGGACGAAAUGUUUAGAGAAAAAAACGGGAAAAAAUCUGGGCUGGACGAGACGGGAAGAGACUCUUCUGUAUGGUGUUCGAUGCUUUUUUCCUGGAGGAUUAUGGGACUCCGGCAGGGGUGCCGUUUCCUCCAAUGACAGUGUGUUUGCCUGUGCGCAUGGGGACUGUGAGUGCCUGUGACUGGAUGCCUGUGCUGGCUUUAUGGAGCGGAUGGAGCUUGCAUUGUGGAACUGCGAGUGAAUGACACGGAGAGGGGGGGGUGGCGUUACGCGAGGGAGGUUUUUUCUGUGGGUGAUGUUUGUGGUCUCACUGAGAAUGAAUGCAAGGGUUCUGUCUGUGCUGUUUGAGUCUGUUGGGCUGUGGACGGGGACGUAAAUAAAAAAAGAAAAGGGGGGGGGGGGGGGGUUGUUUGGUUCAAGCUGAUUUGCUAGAGAGCGCCCUCUUUCCGCCCGGAGGCGGAACUACAGCUCCCCGAUUCAAACGCGGGAGGUCGUUUUGUUUAGUGCAGCUAUUAAAUGUGCAAUGUAUUAUGUAGCCUGUCUCAAAAAAAACAUACACGCUAUAAAGCUCAUUUUGUUGUCCAUUGUGUAAGCUCUGUAUCUAAAAAAAAAAAGAGAAAAAAAACAAAAAACAACGGUUGUACACAAACAGUUAUUGCCAUUAUAACAGAAGUUGCAUGGGAUCUGGGGAUGUGUUGCUCACCUGUUUGCUUAUAGGACAACAAAAUUCCAUUCGAGAGCAGCUACCUUCAUAUUACUCAAUAUCAUAGUAUUGUACAAAACACAUAAGGCAGUCAUUUUGUUGUUUUUCUUUUUCUUGAUGAGUUGGGGAUACCACUAUUGCUUGGCAACUGUCUUGAUCAUGGGAUUUCUGUUCCUUCUUCUUCACUUUUGCUCUUCUUCUUUCGUUCUAUCUGUAAAUGCACUGUUGACCUUACUGAUGCCUUAUGUAAGUGGCCUUGUCCUGUUAAAUAGAUUUCUCUCUCUCUCACACACACACACACACCAAACGGGGGGUUGCGAAUGCACUAGUGCGUUUAUUGAAUUGCUUUAUAAAAGGCUCUGAUCCAUACAGUCGCACCUUUGCCCCUUUUUGUCUCGCGACAGACUCCUCUAAACUCCUGAAUAAUAAUAAUAAUAAUAAUUUAAAAAGAAAAACUAUAUAUCAGCUUCACAGUGACUGCCAUUUUUACAUCUCUGUGCAUUAUUUGAUGAAUAUUUAUCAUAAUCAAAACUAAAAUCCUUCAAAAAAUGACCCCGGUCUGAGACAGAAUUGUAGAGCACUUGGAAAAGCAAUUCAGUUUUGUAAAGGUUUUACUACUAUGUAGUAUAAGGUGGUGUGGAUGCACUUCAGAUGGACUGUAACUUGCUUUCAAAAAGGUACAGAGUCUUGGAAAUUUGUUCUCAUGAAAUGUGGCACCAACGUGGUGGCAAAUUAGGAUUUACCGCAAUUUACAGUACGCUGUACGGGCCAUUUCUAUUUGUUCAUGUGUCAAAAGCUUACAGUCUUUAAAGAAAAAAGGAGGUUUUCCUUUUUACAAUAAUGACGACAUUCUCAAUCAUGAGUCUGUUUUGAUGUUGUAUGUUUUGUCUCGCCCUCAGGGUGACUCAGUAUCUUUACUCAGUCCUGGUUUAAACAACCCGUGAUCUGACUGAACGGUACCAAAAAACCGGUCGAACCAGUUCAGCCGAGCUGUGUGCUGCAGGUCUAGAGGUUUCUGUCUUGCGUCUGCAGGUGAACUGUGAUGAGACCAGGACCAGAUGUAUGUCUGUACCAACUUCACUAUAUGCAUGUUUUAACUUCAGUUACUGUACAUGACUUCAACGCACUCCUCUGUGGGUUGAUCAAAUAUUUCAAGCUUUUCGAGUUUACUGAAAAUCCCUUCAAGUUUCACAAUUGGAUAAACUCCGUCACCAUUUUCCCGAUUUCUAGGAGACAUUUUGGAGCCACAGUGUUUUUACUGGUAAUAUGUUUUGUGGAAAAGUAAAAGUAAGAUCUUGUCUGCUUUAAGGAUAUGGCUGGUUUCAGUGGUCAUAAACCUUGUGGAUGUCUGUCACUCAGACAGCCUUGUUGUAACUCAACAACUGUACAGGUGAACCUGGUCAACAUUAAAGAAAGUCCAUACACUGAGAAAUGUCAAAAAAUGCAAAGAUAUGUACAUUGUAAACUAAGAGAAUUUUGUAAGGAAGCUUCUAUUUUGAAAGGGUAUGGGACCAAAAACAAGUGUAGUGUGUUGUUUCUAAAAAAUGAACCAAUAAAGACAAAGAGGCUGAAGAAUUAUUGUAAAAUAGACACACUCCAUUCUCCUUCAUUUGCUUCUGUAACAUCUCUGUUUUUUUAUUUCAUUUGGAGAAAUGUAGAGCAAAUGUACGUUUAAGAAAAAGAGAAAAAAAAAAAGGCAUCAAUUGCGUAUACACCUGUGGCCUAUCUUCUUUCAAGAAAAAAACAAAAUCAAACAAAAAAAAAAAAACAUUUUCAGACGUGAAUUGUUCCAGACACUUGAAUUCUGGUGCCCGUUAAGUGUUAAGUUUUUUUUUAUUUGCCAUGUGAUUUCUUUCUCUUGACUUUUCAAAGACCUGCGAAGACACCCUAUCUUUAGCUAGAGAAUCUUUAUUGGAUAAAUCAUGGAGACAAAAAAAACAAAAAACAAAUAUGAGGCUCUAUUUUUGUUUGUUUUAUGGCAUAACAAGAUUUUUUCAUUUGAAAUUGUUUUGUAAAAUAGUUUCUGUAUGAAUGUAUUUUUUAUUGGAAAAUCGAUAAAAAGAAUUUAUUGGAUCUA